GGCCGGUUUCACCAGUCGAGUUGAAAAUCCCGAUGAUGUUAUCGAGAUAAAAAGUUAAUCUUCCAUUUCUAUCUCGAUAAAGUUAUAUGUGUUUCACCACAUAUUAUCUUUCUCUGAGAAAAUCGAGAUAAGUUUAACUCGAUCUUCUGAAAUUAUCGCGAUUUUCUGUUUGUAAACACCUUUCGUUAUCAAAGUUUGGCUAGAAAUUUCGUAGGCUAUUAUGGCGAGCCAAGGCUGUAAUUUGUCAAAGAAGCAGAGAAAUAAAAAUACAUCGCAGCAGGAGAAAUACAUUCUUUUAGAUUUAGUAACUGAACAUUUCAAUAUCAUUGAAAAUAAAAAAACAGAUGGUGUUUCACAGCAACAAAAAAUGAAGCAGUGGCAAAUACUUGCAGAUACUUUCAAUUGUAUGUCUGGAGAACAUCACAGGACUGCAGAAAAUUUAAAAGCGGUGUGGGAGAAUCUCAAAAAGCACACGCGAAAGACUUCUGCUGAUCAACGAGUUCAAGUAUUAACUGGAACAGGUGGAGGUCCUUCAAAAACAGUUAGUAAGGAUCCCAUUUGUGAGAGAGUGCAGAGCCUAAUCAAACCGACUAUCGAUGGUGCCAAGAAUCCCUUCGAUUCAGAUUCAGAUGCAAUAAUAUUACCAUUUGAUGCAUCAAAUAGGCCUACUGAUGAGGAUGACAGCAUUCAACUGGAUGUCGGAGCAGAAGUGGAUGUUUCUUUCGUGGAGACGGCAGAGACAGUUAGUAGGCCUACACUUUAUUUUGAGAAAACCUAAUGGAUGUGUCACUGUGCAUAGUUAUGCUUAUUAAUCAUGUAUAGCUAUAGCCUAUGCACUGUGUUAACUUUAUUUCUCUCACAUAAUGUUCAAAUUUAAUUUUUCCACAGGUAACUCUUCCAAAUGGCGACUGGACGCAUUAUACACCAGCCAUGCUCAGCAGUCCUGUGUGUUCUGCCCUUCGACACUCCAAUAACAACUCGGCUAUCACAAACACAGUGCAGACCAAUACUACUGAUUCAUGCAGUGCAAGUAGUGGGAAGGCAAUG